AUGGAAGAUAUCUCCAAUACUCACAUAGUGAAAAGAUGGUGGAGAUUUAGAACUCAAUCGUCGCUUUGGGCCAACUUUCUCCAAAACAAAUACUGCAAGAGAGCACAUUGUGUCACAAAAGUUGCAAUCUCAUCCGACUCCCACACUUGGAAAAGUCUUGUAAAAAUUAGAGCCAAGAUUGAACCUCACAUUGUUUGGAAAAUUCGAUCAGGCAAUUCUAGUUUUUGGUGGGAUAAUUGGACAGGUAAAGGAGCUUUAGCUAAAAUCUUCCCUGGCAUAGGAAGAUCAGCUAAGCUCCCAGUUAAUUUUUUCUUUGAUAAUAAUAGUUGGAACUUUGCUAAACUUCUAAAUUUCCUCCCUAUGCAGGCUGCCCAGAGCAUUGCUCAGAUUACCAUUGAUGAACAAAAUGGAACGGACUUUCCAAUUUGGCAACUGUCCGACGACGGCUGUUACACUAACAAAAGUGCUUGGCACUCCAUAAGAGCCUCGGCACCAAGCUCCCCUUUCCUCAACAGCCUGUGGCACAAAAGAAUCCCUUUUAAAAUCUCUUUCUUGAAUUGGAGAAUCUUUAAAAGAAAAGUACCAUUUGAUGACAUUAUUGGCAAAUUUGGAACUGAUAGAAGAUCCAUGUGUGUGUGCUGCAGGGUCCCUACAUAUGAGACAAUACAACAUUUCUUUGUUGAAAGUGAAAUUGCCCAUCAAACUUGGAGUUUCUUUGGCAACCCCUUGGGAAUUCGGCACACCGACCAACCUAUCCCUGCAAUUUUUAAGAAAUGGAUGGACUGUAAAUACACUAACAACGUUCAAAAACUAAUUUUGCAGGUCACCCCCCUCAUCAUAUGCUGGGAAUUAUGGAAGCAGAGAUGUUCAUGCAAAUAUGGGAACCAAAGGAAGAUAAACAUAGGGAAGAUACUCUAUCAUGGAAUUUGGACCAUCAAGUCAGCUGCGAGCAAACUCUUUCCCCCCAUCAGAGACAUGGCCAGAUGGACCGAGAUCUGCUACACCAUAGAAAAAUUAAGACCCAUUACAAAGUGGUGGCAAGUCCUUUGGGAGAUGCCACCUUUUGGCACCAUGAAAAUGAACACGGAUGGAAGUUAUAUCACUGAAAAAGGCACAGCUGGAAUCGGAGGCAUCUUGAGGGACUGCCGUGGAGACCUGAUCAUGGCCUUUUCUAUCACUGUGCAAAGGCAGUAG